CUAAAGUCGCCACAUAGGUUCGUGGGAAACGUCAAAUGCGUCGGUAAACAACAACAAUCGUGCACAUGUGCUGAAAGUGGUUCAAAAUUAAUUUAAAUUUUCGAGAAAUUCUUCAAAAGUUUACAUCAAAAUGGGCAAAAAGGUCCAGCUGAAGCGCCUGCAAACGCAGCGAUCCGCCCAGCUCAAGCGGAUGAUCAAAACAACGGACUCCCGGCUCAAACCCACGGAUCGCACCCCGUCCAAAAAGAAGCCCAAACCCUCCGACGAGCCCAACCUGAUGGAAAAGACCCAAACCAGCUCGGCCAUGUUCUUCCAGUACAACACCCAGCUCGGGCCGCCCUACCACAUCCUCGUCGACACCAAUUUCAUCAACUUUAGCGUGAAAAACAAACUGGACGUGGUCAAAACCAUGAUGGACUGCCUCUACGCCAAGUGCAUCCCGUACGUCACGGAUUGCGUGGUCGGCGAGCUGGAAAAGCUCGGUCCCAAGUACAAGCUGGCGCUCCGGAUCAUAAAAGACUCGCGCUUCGAGCGGAUCAAGUGCCUCCACCGGGGAAUCUACGCCGAUGACUGUCUGGUGCAGCGAGUGACUCAGCACAAGUGCUACAUUGUGGCCACCAACGAUAAGGACCUGAAGCGGCGCAUUCGGAAGAUUCCCGGCGUGCCGAUCAUGAACGUGGCGCUGAAUCGGUACGUGAUCGAGCGGAUGCCGGACGCGUUCGAGCCGAUGGCGAAGAAAUAAAGCUUAUUUUUUGGUAUUAAAA